AUGGACGACAGAGAAAACAACACACCGGCGAUCGGAAUAGACCUCGGAACAACCUACUCAUGUGUCGCCGUUUGGAAGCAUGAACGCGUUGAAAUCAUUCCCAAUGAUCAAGGCAACAGAAUCACACCGUCUUGUGUUGCUUUCUGUGAUUCGAAACGCCUCAUGGGCGAUGACGCCAAUUACCAAGCGGCUAUAAACCCGGCUAACACUAUAUUUGGAGAACUGCAAAAGGAACAAUGUACAGAUGCAAAGAGAUUGAUUGGAAGAAGAUUCAGUGAUUCCCAAGUGCAGGAAGACAUGAAGUUGUGGCAUUUUAAGGUCAUAGAAGGGCCUUCCGACACACCAAAGAUUGUUGUCACCUACAAAGGUCAAGAGAAGGAAUUUUUGGCUGAAGAAAUUUCAUCCAUGAUUCUUGGGAAGAUGAAAGAAACUGCUGAGUCAUACCUUGGAAAACCCGUGAAAAAUGCUGUGAUAACAGUCCCAGCUUACUUUAAUGAUUCACAACGCCAAGCAACAAAAGAUGCUGGUGCUAUUGCUGGACUUAAUGUUAUUCGUAUGAUCAACGAGCCUACAGCAUCAGCAAUUGCUUAUGGUGUAAAAAAUAAGUCUGAUAUUACUGGAAAGAUCAAUGUGCUUGUCUUUGAUUUGGGUGGUGGCACUUUUGAUGUCUCUGUAUUGACCAUUGCGGAAGAGGGUACCUUUGAGGUGAUAUCCAUUGCAGGUGACACUCAUUUGGGAGGUGAGGAUUUUGAUACCUGCAUGGUGGAUCAUUGUGUUAGGGAAUUUUCGAGGAGAUGGAAUAAGGAUAUGACAGGGAACAAUCGAGCAUUGAGGAGAUUGAGAUGUGCCUGUGAGAAAGCAAAAAGGAUUCUCUCAUGCAAUACUCAAGACUUCAAUAGAUUUAGAUUGGUUGCAUGA